AUGACCUCUGUGAUGGGCUCCCAUCUGAAGCAGGGCUCCAGGCAGGCCAUCUUUGUGGUCAUUAUUGAGGACAAGUUACUUAAGGAACAAAUGGGUGAGGAUGAGCCUGCAACGGAAAAGGAAGACAGCAUGUGGGAUCUUUUGGACAGCCGAGUUGUCAUGACGCGGCAAACUGGUUCAAAAGGAAGCGCGUCUGUCAACGUGAUGGAGUUGCUGAAACAGUCCACAUCUCACGGUUACUUCCUCGUUGUCAACCUGCUGUGGAAAUGGACCAUAGUGGUCAGAGCAAACGCCUCUCGUCCCAACACGUCGUGCGUGUGGGUUCGAAUCCUGGACGACCCAUACGACAUUGGCGCGCGGAUUGUGAGGGGCUCUCUCCGGAGGGCACGGGUAUUUCGGGACCACCAGAAUCCGCUGGCGUACCCGGACGAUGUACUCCACGAAAGAUAUAAAUUUUCAGCUGAGGGACUACGUUACCUGUGCCGAAGUCAAGCCCUCACAACCGCGCAAACUGUGUGCCUGUCCUUGCGCUAUUUUGCCAGCGGACAAUAUAUGUAUUCCAUUGGUGAUGCUGAACAUCUGAGUAAGAAGACUGUAUGCAGUGCAAUUCGGAAAGUGGUACUUGCUCUUGCUAAACUGGUGGAUGCAUUUGUCGUGUUCCCUGGCCAUCUAACUGCACUUCAAAUCAAAGAAGGCUUCUAUGCAAUCGCGGGUUUCCCAAGAGUAAUAGGAGUCAUUGAUUGCACCCACAUCCCCAUUAGUGCAUCCCUGGGAGAGCAUGAGGGGGAUUUUGUGAACAGGAAGUCCCAACAUACCAUCAAUGUGCAGAUGACAUGUGAUCACCAGUACAUGGUAACAAGUUUGGAUGCAAGAUGGCCAGGGUCUGUACAUGAUGCUCGCAUUUUCCGGGAAUCACUACUUUCACAGGGAUUCCAAGAAGGGCGUUUUGAUGGAUUACUGCUGGGGGACCGUGGCUACCCAUGUCAGAAACACCUGAUGACACCAUUUGCAGACCCCCAAUCAAAGGCUCAGAGAACCUUCAACCAUGCCCACAGUGUCACCAGGGUCAGAAUGGAGAAUACGUUUGGCAUUUUGAAGGCCCGAUUUUCAUGUCUUAAAGGCCUUCGCGUGAAGCCUGAGAGGGCCUGCCAGACAAUAGCAGCAUGUGUGGUACUGCACAAUAUAGCCACAAUAAGGAAAGAGAGAGACGUGCAUGAUGUGCCCUACUGUGCUGAGGCUCCGAUGCGUGUGCCGAGCAAACCGGAAAAAAAAUCUGCAAAGCGCGCAUCGAGGCAUGUGUUGAUUACGCUUGUGGCCACGCCCGAAGCCUCGGAAGGCACGUUGCUACGUCCGAAGCCUCACGAGACGGGCUUCCUACGUCAUCGCCAACACAUAGUUUCGCCGGUGAUUCGAAAUGAAAUGGCGCACCGAGACGACAAUGAGCUGACAGGUACACUGACACACCCAGCUCGCAUCUUCAAACCUAAAUUCAAUCGGAUUCGUUUUGCAAUGGACGCACUGUCCAACAUCGAAAAAGAAGAGAACAUCCCCUGCCUGGGCUUAUUUUGA